AUGAAAAACAACCUAAAUAAUGUAAAAAAACAAUCAGAAGAAAAAGAACUAGAAAAAUACCUCCAAGAGUUAGAAGACCCUAAUUACCAAGGAUUAGUUUCCCAAGGUUUACCGGAAGACCCUACCCCUUUAGAACAAGCGAAGUAUGAAAUAUGUCAAAACAUUAUUCGUUAUAAGAGAGUAAAUAAUUUGUCAACUGAAAAAUUGGCUAAACAAAUCCAUUUAACGAGUGGUGAAACUGAAGAAAUUCUUUAUUGUUACAUUGAUAAUUUCACUUUGGAUAGGUUGGUAAAUUAUGCUAGUCAAAUAUUUAAACCUUUGGAAGUAAAAAUUCAGCGACAUAAAAAAGAUGAUAAACGAAGAAAAUUACAUGUAACUCACCAAGGGAUAGGCAGAACACCAAAAACUAGAAGAAAUCCAGUGUUAGAGAAACUUUUAAGGCACUAUAUCUCUCUUCUUAAAAAAAGAGAUAUUUCAACUCAGCAAGAAAUAGCAGACCGUAUCUUUCAAGAGACGGGGCAAAAGAUUAGUCAACCCACUAUUUCUCGUUAUCUAAAAAAAAGAAAGGUUACUCAUAAGAAAAUCAAUUAUCACUAUGCUGAACAAUUAAAUCAUCCUGAGAAAAUUGCCAAGUUUAUUGAAAAGAUUCCUUACUUGUCUCAAUCUCCUGUUUUAGCAAUUGAUGAGUGUUCUUUCCACUUAAAUGAAGUUCCUAGAUAUUCCUAUGCUGAAAAAGGCAAGAGAGCUAAUCACCGAAAACCAAGCCAAAAAGGAGAAAAUCAUACUUUAAUAUUCUGUGUUCAGAAU